AUGUACGACUACGAGCGCGAGGUGUGUGAUCAUCCCGAGUUUGUGACCUGCUGGACGGAAGAAAAUCGCUGUACUGGUCGAGAAAAUGGAACUCUCAUCCCUGCCACGAACUGCUCUAACUUCAUCAUCUGCAUGAACGAACUAGAAAACGAGGAAGUUACCUGUGCACCGGCUGGAACACUAUUCGAUUACCAACGAGAAGUCUGUGACCAUCCAGAGAACGUGCAGUGUUAUGAAGGAGGCGCCUGUGCUGGUAGGCCCGAUGGCUCUCUUGCGCCUUCCCGGAAUUGUAGCAAUUUCUUCCGUUGUGAAAAUGAAGACAUUGCCGAAGAAAUCACAUGCCAGCCACAAGGAACGUUAUUCGACUGGCAGCGGGAAGUAUGCGAUCAUCCAGAGAACGUGGAAUGUGCUGAAUCGGGUCCAUCAGGAAACAGUACUGAUGCGCCACCGAUGCCGACUUCUGAACCUACUCGUCCUCCACUAGAUCCAGAUGUUCCCACGGAUCUCUGCCGUGGUGUUACCGUAGGAAUGAUAGAGCAUCCCACCGACUGUACACGUUACGUCAUCUGUGUGUUGGGACAACCUAAUGUGCAACAGUGUCCAGACAAUACCAUCUUUAUUGCGGAACUUGCAACUUGCGGAUUCGGCGAUACAGAGACCUGCGCCGCUAGCCAAAUUUGGAUUGACUCCUACCGACGAGCUACUUCAUACGUUCGCUAA